AUUCUACCCUYCCGACUCCUUCUCUUCCCCUCUUAUUUCUCCGUAUCUCAGCCGCUCUGUGUUUCUCUCUGCUGCAACGCGACGCGCCGGCACGCCUCUCCGUCGCAACUACGCCGGUAUGGCUCCAAAACAACCGAAUACAGGCCUUUUUGUCGGGCUGAACAAGGGGCAUAUAGUCACCAAGAAAGAGUUGGCCCCACGCCCCUCUGAUCGCAAAGGAAAAACAAGUAAAAGGGUUCUCUUUGUCCGGAGCUUGAUUCGGGAAGUGGCUGGUUUUGCCCCAUAUGAGAAGAGAAUCACUGAGCUUCUAAAAGUCGGAAAAGACAAGCGUGCUCUUAAGGUAGCCAAAAGAAAGCUCGGAACUCACAAGAGAGCUAAGAAGAAGCGUGAAGAGAUGUCGAGCGUUCUAAGAAAGAUGAGGGSCGGUGGAGGUGGUGAGAAGAAGAAGUGAGAUCUACACUUCUCUCAUUCUUCUCUCAUUCAUUCAAAGCUUUUACUUUCGGCUUCUCAUUUUUUGUUGUUUUACUAUCGAAUUUGUUACAAGACCGAGCUCUAUUUAGUUUGCGUGCUAGUAGAUUAAAUUCUGUUGUCUUUGGAUUUGUUUUACUAAUACCCAAUUUUGUUACAUCUCAAGUCAUGGUUUUGAGUUGUUUGUACUUUUAGAUAUUCACUCAACUUGCAACAUCAUCUUCUCCUGCGUUCA